AUGGACUUAAAGUCUCCAGUGUUUUAUCUGCUGUGUGGGAUUGUAUCUGUUCGUGUAAGUGCUUCUCUGGAACCAGCUGAUGCACAGGGAUUUCUCGAAAAGUAUGGCUACUUCAAUGACCAGGAUCACACACACAGUGCAGAGGAAGUCACAUCAGCUGUCAGAGAGUUUCAGUGGCUGUCCCAUCUGCCCCUCACGGGGAAGCUUGACAGCACCACACUGGAGAAGAUGGUGUCACCACGCUGUGGGGUAAAGGACAGAGGUGGACAGAAAGCUUGGGCACAGCGGGUUGAGACCAUUUUUACAGGCCAAAGCCAGCAGCACUUACGCAAGAAGCGCUUUACUCGGCCAGGAGGAAAAUGGUCCAAGAGUCACCUAACGUACCGCAUCCUGAACUGGCCCCGGCAGCUCUCCCAGGGACCUGUGCGACUGGCGGUGCAAACGGCCUUCCAGCUCUGGAGUAACGUGUCCGGAUUGGUCUUCAAGGAGGUGAACGAUGGUCCCACGGACAUACGACUGGCGUUUUAUGAGGGAGAACACAACGAUGGCACCAGCAAUGCAUUUGAUGGUCCAGGUGGUGCGCUUGCACAUGCUUUCUUCCCAUUCCGAGGUGAGGCUCACUUUGAUAAAGCUGAAUACUGGACUCUGAGCAGCCACAAAGGUCAGAACCUCUUCUUGGUCACUGCCCACGAGAUUGGCCACACGCUGGGACUGGAGCAUUCACCCGUUCGUCACGCCCUCAUGUCGCCCUAUUACAAGAAGCUUGGUCGCAGUCUUCUGCUCAGCUGGGAUGAUAUAACAUCUGUGCAACAGUUAUAUGGAAAACCAUCCAAAGGAACAGUGGUGCAAAUCCCAGGCGAGAAACUUAAACUGGCUAUGCAGGACUGGGAGUUAGCUGAGGAAGCUACAGGCAGUCCUUCUCUCCCCCACUACUGUAAGAACCUGUUUGAUGCCAUUACAAUAGAUGGGAAAGGAUCAGUGCUGGUAUUCAGAGGCAGCUUGUACUGGACAGUGUCAUCUGAUGGAAAUGCAAGUGCUCCACUUCCUUUCCAGAAGCGCUGGCCUCAUCUCCCACUUGCUAUCGACGCUGCUGCGUUCUCCCCGCUGGACAGAAAGCUGUACUUUUUCAGAGGGAAGCACAUUUGGCGAUACUCUGGUUCUACCCUGGACCCUGGAUUCCCCAAGAAGAGCAGCGAGUGUGGCAUGCCUCGCCACCCAGAAUGCACCUUUUUCUACCCUCCUCUGGGCCACAUGGUGGUCUUCAAAGGCCCACGUUACUUUGUGCUUAACCUGGAGACGCUCCGCUCUGAGCCGUACUACCCGCGAAGACUUGCCGAUUGGAAAGGAGUGCCUGAAGGGGCUAACGGGGUCGUAACCUGGGCCGAUGGUAGGCUUUACUUCUUUCGGGAACAGAAGUACUGGAGGUUUGAUCCAGGGAAGGUGCGCGUCACGGCCAGUGGGCAGUGGACGAAGGAGCUGGCGUGGACCGGCUGCUAUAAAACUCAGUUGAGCGACAUACAGACCAAAUCACUGUCUUAGGUGAAACGUUCUGGAAUCAGGGGCCACGUGCAAUUCAAAAAUGAGAUCAAAUGGUCAUAAAAUUAAAAUUCACUGUAUGCUGUAGGCAUUGUUUGGUAUUUUUACAUAUAUAAACUUGUCUGGUGCUAAUUGCUGAUGUUUUGUGGACAAGGACAACAAGACUGAGGUUGUUUUUGUUAAUUAAAGACUGUAGAAUAAAACACCUCGGCUUGGUAAACCAUUUUUAAUGUAUAUAAGUAAAUCAUGUUAUUUAUGUCUUUUAAAACACAAGAUACUAAAAUAUAAAUAUAUAACUGGGAUAGAUAUCAUCUCAAAAUUAUUGCAAUUGUUUAUUGAA